ACUCACACGCCUCAUUGCACCUCUGACGAGCUGUGUUUUCAUUUUGCGUCUUGUUAUUAUGCUGAAAAUCUAAUUAAUGGAUUCACAAGGACCCGUAUCGGUGAUCGUCUGACGCCCCCUCGCGGCUGACAGGCAGCACGUCAUCCCAAAAAGCUCCCCCUGACAUCCUCCCAUUGUCUCCUCAAACCAGUAACUAACGCUGCCGAUUUAUAUGACGGUUAUGGAAGAAAAAAAAAUCACAUGACGUGAAGCAGCCUCUGUGGGACGCACAGCCAGAAAAACACCCUGCAUGAAGCUCUCCACUUGAUUAUUUCAUCAUAAAUCUCAUCCAAGCGAUGGAAAACGUGAAUUAUUGAAUAAUAAAAAGGGUUGAUAUUCAGUGGAGAGGGCACAGGCUGCACAAAGAGGAUCAUUGUUGCCUGCAGAUGCCCGUCAGUGGUGCAGUCGCCCUUUGAAGGCUCUCCAAUCGCAGCCAUAGCGCGACCGAGCGAGGGCGGGGCUUGGUCCAACCCUCCCUUCCUUCCACCCAUCUCUCUCUGCUCCAAGCCCCACUUUGGCACCGUGUCCCAUUGACUAGACGGCGACAAACAGAGGAGCAUCGUCCACCAGCGUCUCUGCGCGUCAAAGUGGACAGGUGAUGACUGGGAGCGCGGAUGUUCUGGAGCUGAGAGACUGAAGUGAUGCGCACCUCCAGGAGGUCACGGUCUGGACAGGUAUGAGACCUGUGGCGCUCAUGGAUGAAGCACCAGCAGAUGUUUAAAGGAUCCCAGUGUGGAUGUAGCUCCAUAUUCCACUCAUACACCACCACCAGCAGGCCUGGCCCAGUUCAGCUCCAUAUGGAUGGAUCCCGCUGUAGGAGCUGUACUCAUGGAAUACAAAGCCCAUGCUGGUGAGCAUGCCUGCCUGUCCGAGUCCACUCCUCUCCGGGAGCCUCUCCACAGCGCUCUCCUCCUGACACAGCCUCUCUACUCGGACAUCCCCUGGUCGCUUCGGGUCCCCUCGCCAUGAGGACGACUGCUCGGUGAUUCGGUGCCUCUGCACGCCUGCACGGACCGGAGCUCAUAUUUUGGACCGGGGCUUUUUUUCGGCUACACACAGGAUUUAUCUGCGCUGUGGGCUUUCUUUGUGUCAAAGGGCUUAACGCAGAGUGCGCGGACGGCAACGGAGCGGGGGCUUUCUGCUGCACCCGCUGUUGCGCCCAGCUGUCUCUCUUUGUGGCCGGGGCCGUGAUGGCAGCCGGCCGGCCGGAGGCGCAGGACCACCCGCCAGAGAACGGCUUCACCCCGCUGGAGCACCCGGCGCCCCGGCUGCUACCGCACAUAGACGGCUCGGUUCUGCCGUCUCUGGGGGGCUUUGGGAAACACCAGAAGCAGCUCGUGGUCCUGACCUGGAUCCCGGCAUUGUUCAUCGGCUUUAGCCAGUUUUCGGAUUAUUUCCUCCUGGCGCAACCCAAUGGCACGUGCGUGCAACCCCUCGCGAACCACAGUAACUGGACCGCGGCGUCCCCGCCGGUUACCGCCGCGCCUGCGCUGCUGCAACUCAGAGGCAACGGCACCGGGGAGGGAUACGGCGACGGCAGCGGGAUGCUGUGCGCCUGCAAGGAGUGGAGACUGGAGCUGCAGACGGGACUUAGUCAGAAUGUGGUUACCAAGUGGAACCUGGUGUGUGACUCAGCCUGGAAAGUUCACAUCGCCAAGUUCUCUCUGCUGGUGGGCUCCAUAUUUGGCUACCUAGUGAUGGGUGUCAUGGCCGACUGGUUUGGUCGGCACCCGGUGUUGAUUCUCUCGGUGCUUUUCAUGCUGGUGUUUGGUCUGAGUGUGGCCUUCUCUGUAAACGUCACCAUGUUCAGCACCUUGCGCUUCUUUGAGGGUUUCUGCUUGGCGGGCCUCGCUCUCUCCCUCUUCGUGCUCAGGAUCGAGCUUUGUUUGCCAGCCUGGCGCUUCUCCAUGACCAUGGUGGCCAGCUUUCUGAUGGUGGGCGGGCAGCUACUGAUGCCAGGGGUGGCAGCUCUGUGCCGCAAUUGGCCGGAUCGCGAUGAUUGGCAGGUCCUGCAGAUUGUCAUAAUCAGCCCUUUCGUUCUGAUGCUGCCCUACGUCUGGAUUUUUCCCGAGUCGUUGCGCUGGUUGCUGGCCACCCAGCACUACAGGCGGUCCAAAGCCAUGAUGCUGCGCAUCGCCAGGAAGAACCAGGUUGACAUGACAACCGAGCCGAGCGGGGUUCUCGCAGAGCUGGAGCAGGAGCUGCACAAGAAACCUCAGAGGACCUGCAUUGUCAAGAUGAUGAGCACCAGGAACCUGUGGAAAAACAUUGUGGUGCUGUGUGUCAACUCGCUGACAGGUUACGGGAUCCACCACUGCUUCGCCCGCAGUAUGAUGGACCCGGAGGCCCAGCCCACCGCUUUGUGCCACGCCGACUAUUACACGAUGGCCGGCAUCGCCGUGGCCACCUGCCUGGCGCUUUGCCCCGCGGUGGGGUUGAUGGGCCGGCGUGGAGGGUUGCUCACCUUCAUGAUCAUAACAGCCCUGGCAUCGCUGCUACAGCUGGGUUUACUCAACUUGAUUGGGAAGUACAGCCUUCGCCAUGACACAGUUCUGCGAGACUCUCUGAACAGGAAAUUCUCGGUGGCCUUCUCCAUCAUCGGCAUGUUCUCCUCUCACGCAGUCAGCACGCUCAGCAUCUUCUUCUGUGCUGAAAUCACUCCGACUGUCAUCAGGGGUGGAGGCCUGGGUCUGGUCCUGGCAAGCGCCGGCUUCGGCAUGCUCACCGCACCCAUCAUGGAGCUCCACAACCAGAAGGGCUACUUCCUGCAUCACGUGAUCUUCGCCUGCUGCACCCUGUUGUGCAUCAUCUGCCUGCUGCUGCUGCCCGAGCCGCGGGGCCAGCCCCUGCCGGAGAGCCUGGCUGAUGGAGAGACCUUCACCCGUCAGACCCUGCUCCACCCGGGAGAGCAGCACCUCCUUCUUGCCAAGAAUGACGGGGACUACUCCCGCGUCCACGACACGCCGUUACACCUCUCAGCCACUGGCGGUGCGACAGUGGCGGUAGCCACCGCUCUGGCAGCGGUACCUGCUUCAUACGCCCUGGCGACUGGUGGGGAGGUGAUUGGAAAUCGUGCCAUAGCCAAUGGGGUGUGAGCAUCAUAGCAAUAGUUGACUAUUGUGCUUUUAAUUGCUCGAGCAUUAACCCGACUGAAUGGUCAAUGAACAAAAACAUUUUAAGGGAAAAAGAAUUGUUCGGAUGAACCAGAUGAACUUUUGAGAUGGUGACGAUAGAACCUUUGUGUAGUUUGUAGUGACUAUGAUUCAUUCAGGAGUUGCCAAAAAAAAAUAUUCUACUGGACUAAGUUUAUCUGAAUUCAGUGUGUGUUCAAUAAUAUGAAAGUCUUCAGUGGUGUUGGUGAUUUUCUUGCACUGCCGUCCGCUCUGCGGAGAACCGGACGCAGGCGAGCGAAGAGACAAAGUAGAGCUAGACCAGCUUUUUCAAUAACGUGUGCGCUCUUUUGAGUUUUCUGUUUGUAGUUUCGACUCGUCGAGGAAACGAUCUUUCAUCUUAUAAAUAAGUUAUUUUGCACUAAAUGUCAGAGACACAAUCAAAGUGUUUGUGAUUUUCAGCCAACACGUUGGAGAUCCAGGGAUUGGCUAAACCACUACCACUCUUUGCAUGAAAGGGCACAAAUAGCUUUUUUUUUUGUUUCUUCUUAUUCGUCGUCCCUCUACUAGAAGUCCAAUGUGGCACUUUAUCCUCAGAGGUGAGGUCAGUGUAGACACUGAUUUUUAAAUUUUCUUUUUUAAGAAAGCAUUACUGCUCUCGUUGUGGGUGUAUGAUGGUUGUCUGACGUUGACGAACAGCCGGAGACCGACCUUGGCAGACUGUACGUGUAGCCUAUAGAGACUGUAGGUCGUGCUGAACGAAUCUGAGAGUUGAACGGACUUCUGUAUGUCUUAUGACGCAUCUCAGCAUUUUUAAAAAAUGGCUUUAUCGCGAUGGCUCUGUUCUUUUUAACAAAACAGAGAAUGUAAUUUAAGAAAAAAAAAACAAAAAACAGUAUUUAUUUUGUCAUGCUGCCAAGGGCAAUUUGUCGCUUGAAAUACCUCCUUAAUUAGCAAAUAUUUCCACUCCACUUCUCACUCCUUGUUCUCUGUACUGUGGUAGUGUUGUAAUCCUGCUCUUAGGAUGUGUAACUCUAGCCAGCAAGCACAAUAUUUUACAGGUUUUUUGAGAUAAACGUUUGUGACGAUUAGAGUAGAGCAGAGUUGUCUGCAGUUACCUGGCAUAGUUGUUGAUUAGUGUACAUUUACACACUUUACUAUGUGAGUAUCCGUUAGGACUGCAUAGAAACGUAAGGUAUGCAUACAUGUGCCAUUCAUUCAUAAUGUUUGGACCGUCGGACGUACUUUUAUAGGAUAUAAGCACAUUGAAUAGAUAAAACAUCCCAUGAAGCAUUUUUGUCCAAAUGUACCUGAAUCCACAGAUCCUCCAUUUUUUAAAAUCAUAUUUAGUACACAGCACGUAUUUUGGACACCCUGUAUGGUUUGUUAGUUUGUAUGUUUUCAACGGUUAAACACAAAAAAACAAAAAAAACAAGAACUCAACCACUAAUGCUGUUUUCUAAGUGUUAUUUUUUUAAUAUGAUGCAUUUGUACAAAAAGCCAUAGGCCUACAUGUU